AUGCCCUCGCCCCUAUUAGCGACAUUCGUACAAGCCACCGCGCUGAACGCCAUCUCCAACGUCCUGGCGCAGCUAAUCGACCAACGCAACAACAAAACACCAUUCAUCCUAAACACUCCAGCCCUCCUCCAAUUCCUAAUUUACGGGAUAAUAAUAGUCCCCCCAAAUUUCUACUGGCAACGCUUCCUAGAAGCGCGCUAUCCAGGCUUCCCCACGCGUUCCGAGGUUUCUGCUGCCUUCAGUGCACAGAAUCUACUCUCCUUUUUCUCUCCACGCUCAUGGCUAGCCUUCUUUUCAAAAGCUCAGACAGAGUCUUUACCCAGCCACAAGGAUAAAGAGAAGACGCCGCUGUGGAAGCCUAGAGAGCGGACGGGGCUGCGCAGCUUCUUGAUGAAGUUCUUUUUUGAUCAGACUGUUGCUUCGGUUGUCAAUCUUGUUUUGUUUGUUGUUAUUAUCAAUUUGCUUAAGGGGGAGACGGUUGGCAGGUCGUGGGAGUUGGUUAUUGAGGACUUUCGGCCUAUUAUGAGUGCUCGUCUCAAGUAUCGGCCUGUUGUGUCGGUCUUGAUGUACACGGUUAUUCCGGUGGAUCGGAGGGUGGUGUUUGGGAGUGCUUGUGGGGUUAUCUGGGGGGUGUAUUUGAGUCUUUAUGCUGGUGUAUAG